AUGGCGGGCACACGGGCACACGGCCGCCUCCUGCACUCGCUGCUCUGCCAGCUGUGCGGCGGCUGUGGCUGUGGCUCCUGCCGUGGGCUUCGCGUUUCCACGGGCACCCGCAUCCUUUACACACUCCUGCACGUCCUGGCCUCUGCCGUGUGCUGCCUCAUGCUGUCCCGCACCGUGGCCCAGGCCGUCAGGGAGAAGGUGCCCUUCUCGGCUGUCCUGUGCGAACACCUGCCUGGGGGCUCGGACUGCGAGCGGCUGGUGGGCUCCUCGGCCGUCUACCGGGUCUGCUUCGGCACCUCCUGCUUCCACCUGGCACAGGCUGCCCUGCUCCUCAACGUGCGCUCCAGCACUGACUGCCGCGCUCAGAUCCACAACGGGUUCUGGUUCCUGAAGCUUCUGGUGCUGGUGGCGCUCUGUGCUGCCAGCUUCUUCAUCCCCGAGGACGGCUUCAUCCAAGCCUGGCACUACACGGGAGUCUGCGGGGGCUUUGCCUUCAUCCUCAUCCAGCUGGUGCUCAUCACCGCCUUCGCCCACACCUGGAACAAGAACUGGCUGACGGGCGCCGCACAGGACAAGCGCUGGUACCUGGCCGUGCUGAUGGCCACCGCUGCCUUCUACACCCUCGCCUCUGCCGCCUUCUCCUUCCUCUACAAGUUCUACACCCACCCGGCUGCCUGCCACCUCAACAAGGUGCUGCUCGCCCUGAAUGGCAGCCUCUGCGGCAUCAUGUCCUUCAUCUCCAUCACGCCCUGCGUGCGGCUCAAGCAGCCGCGGUCGGGGCUGCUGCAGUCCUCAAUCAUCAGCUGCUACGUGAUGUACCUCACCUUCUCCGCACUGUCCAGCCGCCCCCCGGAGAGAGUGCUCUACAAGGGGCAGAACCUCACCGUCUGCUUCCCGGGCAUCCGGCAGGAUGAGCUGCAGACAGAGGACACCACCGUCGCCGUGCUGGGGGCCACCAUCAUGUACGCCUGCGUGCUCUUCGCAUGCAAUGAAGCCUCCUACCUCGCCGAGGUCUUCGGCCCCCUCUGGAUGGUCAAAGUCUACAGCUUUGAGUUUAAAAAACCCUCCUGCUGCUUUUGCUGCCCUGAGAAGAUGGAGGAGGAGCUGAGAGGUGCCGAGCAGACAUGUGAGCAAGGGGAGGAGACCGACAGGGGACAAUGCGUGGUCCAGGACGAGCGAGACCGUGUGGUCUACAGCUACUCAGCCUUCCACUUUGUCUUCUUCCUCGCCUCGCUCUACGUCAUGAUGACCCUCACCAACUGGUUCAGCUACGAGAACGCAGUGCUGGAGACCACCUUCACACACGGCAGCUGGUCCACCUUCUGGGUGAAGGUGUCCUCCUGCUGGGCCUGCGUCCUGCUCUACCUGUGGCUGCUGCUGAGCCCCCUCUGCCUCCGGGGCUCCCCCCAGCACCGGCGCAGCAGCCCGGCCCUGCGCGUCCUGCGGCGACGACGUGCCCCGCAGCGCAUCAGCGUCUCCACGUAGUCCCUGCUGGGACAGACUGUGCCUGGCACCCUGCAGCCGGGGCUGCUCCCCGCC